AUGGGUAUAGUGAAGGAAAUACUGAGUAUUGUGGGUGAAGAUAUUAUGCAGCCAAAGAAUUCUGUACAAGAGAGGAUGCCAGUGGACCCCAAGAAGUCCAUCCAGUUCUGCAUCGGCACUGCCUUUCAGCUAGUGACCAUCUCCAUGAGCGCUUUAAUAUAUUUGGGAGUGGAUAGUGUCACAUUCUGUAUCGCAUUCUGCGGCUGCGCAGAGUUGGAUAUCGUCAAAGAAAAGAUUUUGAACAUAACUCCAGUGUUUAAUAAAAGUGGAGAGUCAACAUCAGUUGAAGAAAUACUAUUAACGAAUUACAAGAAACUGGUAGACUGCGUGAAACAUCAUCAGACUAUAGUUAGACUUAUAAAUCACUUGGAAAAUGCCUUUCAUUCAUAUUUGUUGUUUCAACUAUGUGGGAGCGUUGGGAUCAUCUGCAUGUCAGCAUUGAAAAUGAUGGAUAGUGAGGAACUCCCCACAACAAUGUAUAAGUGCAUAUGGUAUGAGCAAGAUGUAAAAUUCAAGCGGGCCUUAUGUUUAGCUAUGAUUUGCAUGAGCCGUCCUCUGAUGUUGCGCGCCGGCCACUACGUACAAUUGUCAAGACCGACAUUUGUUUCUGUGAGAUUUUAUUUAGCUAACAUUUUAGAUAGAAAUGAAAGAGAAUAUCCUGAUAUCUACCUGCAAGUGAAUAUCUAA